AUGGCCGUGACCCCGCAGGUGUUAUAUGCGGACCUACCAGAUGCCUCGCAAACCCACAUAACGUUCCAAGACUCCACGUGGGCCAAAACUCACGGGCUCACACGCUCUCUGCCGUCUCCGGGGGAAGUCAGGGCUCUAUUCCCCGGUUUAGGCCUACAUAGCUUUCAAAAAGUCGCUAAGUUUGAGGAGCUUGAUCUCGUUGUCAAAUUCGGCGAUCGCGUACACGUUUCCGAGGCCAUAUGUCUCAGAACAGUCAAACGACUAUUUUCCAGUCAGGUUCCAGUCCCAGAAGUAUAUGGGUGGAGAGUAGAGGGCCAUCACGUCUAUCUGUACAUGCAGCUUAUUCGUGGUCCGACACUGUUAGAACGGUGGCCUACAAUGGACUACCAGGAUAAACAAUCGGUGUGCAGCCAUCUCCACUUCAUCUUGCAGGCUCUUCGCUCAAUCAAGCAAGAUCCGUCUAGGGAAUUCAUUGGCCAAUUCUUGGGAGGCCCAUCGAAGGACCGAAUCUUAGAGUUCAAACCUUCCCCCGAGCCAGCUUGGACAUCUGUCGCGAGCUUCCACAACUGGCUGUCAUGGUUAUGGCGUCGCCACGCCCCGGAACCGAAUGAGAUUGCAGAUCCCUGGAGACAACUACUGGACGAUAACAGCCCUGUAGUACUCACGCAUGGUGAUCUCCAUCGAAGCAACAUCAUUGUGUCAGCUACAAGUCCUGUCCAGGUUGUCGCUAUCAUCGACUGGGAACAGUCCGGCUGGUAUCCGGACUAUUGGGAAUACUGUAAGACGGUGUACACGGUAGGCGAUUGGGAGGAGUGGUUCAGUGCUGGGUGGAUUAGUUCGAUUCUCACGCCUCAGCCGUCUGCUGAAGAAGCGUUUGAAUUUUAUAGGGGAGCGAUAGGGCGUUGA